AAUAAAAACACACAUAUUCUUCUUCUUUCCUCCCACUACUACCUUUCCUAUCUUCGUAUAUUGACCUAUUCUUUCUUCAAUGGAAACCGAUCAGACUUCACCGGAAAAUCCUGACAAAGCAGCAACCUCAGACGAAGAAGGAGGUACUAAUUACACUCAGACCAGGUUCUACGAGUGCACCUUCUGCAAGAGAGGCUUCUCUAACGCACAAGCCCUAGGUGGCCACAUGAACAUCCACCGAAGAGACAAGGCCAAGCUCAAACAACCCUCCCCUGCCGGACCUCCAAACAUCUCCAAGUUGGAUUCCUCGUCGUCUCCGAACCCACCAGACACAACGCUGGACACUAAGUGGCCGCCUUGGUUUCUUCAAAACAAAGACAAGGAUAUUGUCAAAGGAAGCGACAAAUUUGGAGAAAUCCGGCGACUGCCUUUGUUUAUGGAAAACCCCUCCCUUGGUUCCAGUGACAAUCAAAAGGGUUUGUCAUCGAGCCAGGGCUCGUCAGAGCUGGACCUUGAGCUAAGACUGGGACCGGAUCAGCCUUCAUCGGAGACGGCGCCGGACACAAGAAAGUUCUUUUGAGAUUGAAUAUGUACGUUUAUAUUCUUCUCUGAUCUCCUUUUAUUAAUUAUUAUGUCUCAAUCUUUUUAAGCCAGAGAUACCCUUGUAGGUACGUAUGAAUGAUUUCUUUUCUUUAAUUAAUAUUGCUAAAACAU